AUGCUAUAUAUAAAAUUGGUUCCUCCGUGGCUCGGCCCGACCCAACGGGUCGGGCUUCUCCGACUCCAACCCAGAUAUCGCGGGUCGGGUAACAAAUAUACCCAUUUCACCGCGACUGAGUCAAAGUCCCAAUCCGGGAGAACCACUAUCCGGGCCUUCGGCUGGGCCCAUGUCUAUCAGCGCCGCGCCGCCCGCCUGGCGGACCAUUCCCAGCGCCCAGCCUAUUUGCAGAGCUGCAUCCAACACUGGCUAACCUUCGUGCUCAACAUCCUGAUGACCGCCCUAGUGGUGGUUCUUGUUGGGACCGUGGUGGCCCGGGGCCAGCAGCUGGACAUCCGCGCCGGCGGCGUGGGUGUCUCACUGGUUAUUCUCACCGGCCUGGGCGAGACGCUGACCCGGUUGAUCCGCACGUGGACCCGGCUGGAGUCGAGUAUCGGCGCCGUGACGCGCGUACGGCGCUUCGUGGCGGAAACUGAGGUUGAGGAUGGAGGCCGGGAACCCGAGACUGCAGGUGGGAUGGUAGCUCUGUGGCCACGGCCUGGUGCUGUGGAGUUUAAGGGCGUGGUGGCGGGGUUUACGGCUCUAGGUUCCUCCAGGCGUUCCAGCCUCUCCACCGCCGACGCAGUUCUCAAAGCUAUCACCCUCUCAGUCCAGCCGGACGAGCACCUUGCUAUCUGCGGCCGGUCAGGGAGCGGCAAGACGUCGCUGCUGCUGGCUCUAUUUCGCAUGGCGGAGGUGCUCGAGGGCCGGAUCUUAGUUGAGGGCCAGGAGGUCGUCGCUGCUGACGCAUUCGCCGCCGCCUCAACUGUGCGGUUCAAUCUCGAUCCGUUCUCCGGGGCCGCGUCCGAGGAAGAGCUCGUGGGCGCGUUGCACCGGGUAGGUUUGUGGGGACUGGUGCAGGCGCAAGGGGGUCUGGAUACGGACGUGGACGCCUUGGCCUUAUCGGGGGGGCAGCAACAGCUGCUCUGCUUUGUGCGGGCAAUUGUCAAGCGACGGCACUGUAGUAUCCUUGUUCUGGAUGAGGCGACCUGCAGUCUGGAUAGCGAGACAGAGGCCCUCGUGCAGAGUAAUAUUGAUUCAGCGUUCCGGAAAUGCACCGUUCUGGCGGUGAUGCAUAAGAUGACGCAUAUCCGGGCCUAUGAUCGAGUGGCAGUCCUGGACGGGGGAGCGCUAGUGAAAGUUGGGACGCCGGCGGACUUACUGGCUGCGGAUACACGGCUUGCGGGGUUGAAUAGGCUGCAUGGAGGUUGA